AUGCUGGAUCCUUGCAAGCCCGAGCCAACGGUGGUGAUCAUUGGCGCGGGGAUGGCAGGACUCUCAGCGGCCCAUCGAUUGGCACAGUGUGGUCUUCAGAAUUUCACGAUAUUGGAGGCGACGGAUCGACCAGGUGGGCGAAUCCACUCGUGCUGGUUGGGCGACGUGGUGGCGGAAAUGGGAGCCACCUGGAUCGAGGGGGGAUGCGUGGCGAAUCCCGUGUUCACCCUGGCGGCCCAAGAAGGUCUCCUGAAGCCGCCGGUUUUCAGGCCCGAUCCUAGCCACGGUCUCUUCUGCACCAGCGACGGAAGAGCCAUCGACCUUCCCGUCAGCAUCACCGCUUAUCACACCUUUCGUCAAAUCGAGCAACAAGCAGCGACCCUCUUCUCCCUGGGUUGUGGCCGCACCCACGGUACGUUGCUGAAUUUCAUGGGCGUCAGAAUUCAGCAGGAGCUCCACAAUUUCCCGGAGGAGCAACGAUAUGACGCAGCCAGGGUGAUGUACGGGAUGACGAACUGCGUGAGGUGUCGUUGCGGCGAUGACCUGUCGCUCGUUUCAGCCGAUCAGUUUGGAAGCUACAUAGAGAUCCCCGGUGGCAACGUGAGGGUGCCCCUUGGAUACGUGGGGGUCCUUGCUCCGUUGCUGAGGGAUCUGCCGAGUUGCUCCCUCAAGUACUGCAAACCGGUGAGUUGCGUGCGAUGGGGGGCCGUGACGGAUUCCUGUCCGCGAGCGGUGGUGAAGUGCUGCGACGGCGACGAAUUCCCUGCUGAUUACGUGAUCGUCACCGUGUCCCUCGGCGUUUUGAAGCACCAACACGACAAACUCUUCUGCCCGGCGCUGCCAGCGGAGAAAGUCGAGGCCAUCUCUAAAUUGGGCUACGGCUACGUUAAUAAAAUAUUCUUGGAAUACGCGAGACCGUUCUGGGUAUGGAAGGAAGGAGGUAUCAAGCUGGCCUGGUCGGCCGACGAACUCACCGACAGAUGCGACUGGGUGAAAGGGAUUUCUAAUAUAGAGGAAUUGUCGACCUCGCAGCACGUUCUAUGCGCGUGGAUUUGCGGCCGCGAGGCGGCUGAUAUGGAACUGUGCUCCGACGAGGAGAUCGUGGAAUCGAUAACAAGAGUUCUUCGACAAUUCACCGGUGAUCCCACGCUGCCAUACCCGGCUAAUCUUCUCAGAAGCAAAUGGUGCAUGGAUCAAUACUUCGCCGGUGCAUAUAGCUACAUGGGCCUCGACAGCACUGUCGGUCAUCAGUGUGAUCUAGCUAGUCCUUUGCCAGGUACAUGCGAGCCGAUACCACCGAUCCUCCUGUUCGCUGGGGAAGCCACGAUCCCGGGUCACUAUAGCACAGUUCACGGGGCGCGAUUGAGCGGGAUUCGCGAGGCUGAGAGGAUAAUUCAGCUGACCAAACGAUUCGGAGGCCCUCCAAAGAAAGACGAGAAGCGUAGCUGAAUCCCUUCGUGAUUCUGCGAGAGUAUGCAAAAAAAAAAUAUUAGUUAACGUCGCAGCAAAUGUGUAUGUACAAUUGUCCACGAGAGGUGUCAGUUCGAACAGCGAAACGUUAUUUGUGUUAGAUAUUUUCGGAGAGGUAUACUUACGCCUUUUCGAUUGAAUUAUUCUGUUUUCGAUGGUUAUACUGUCACACCGACCUCUGUCAAUUUUAAUAAAGAGUAUAAUUUUGUAAAGCUUUAAUACAUCAUUUUUCUUUAAUAUCGAUCGAUUCCGUCCUUCUGUCACUAUUACAACUAAGUUAGAGUCAUCAAGCAUUGAUCAGGGUAGAUGUAAUACACUCUUUAUUGAAUCCACAUCGCUAUAACGUCCAAGACUCUUCGAUAGACACUUUCAACAUUUAUAUAUAAUACAAUACGCAUAUAUGUCCGCUAUAAACGGUAACUGUUCGCAACAAGUGAAACGAAAUGUCGAAAUAAAUCAUGUUUCCGUACAUCGAUACAGCAGGUACGUACGAUAUUACAUAUCAUUCUAUUACUUUCCGUUGGUCCCGUUUAACAGCAAUCCGUGUUAUUUCACCGAGAAAACGUUCUUAUUUCUUACAGAUUGAUAAUAAUAAUCAUUAUUUCGGCUCACUGUUUCUUCAAUCCUACGUCAACACCUUUGGUGCAAUCAGUUUUUAAUAAAAAUUUCAUCAGUAUAUUCUAUACAAAAAAUAUAUAGUUUUCACUUGUAAUCACACGAUGUUCGUAUAUCGUUAUAAAUAGAAAAGUGCGGAUUCGUAACCAGUGCGUAUGGAACGGUUGAUAUUUGUUUGCUUCGAACAUCUUUAAGAACGUUUACUCGUUCGAUCGACCAAACAGUGCAAAGUAAUUCUAGUACUAUUUAUUGUCCCAGUUGCAGCACUACUUUACAUUGAGAAUGCCGUAAUCGUACUCGAUAAACAAUACUCGUAUCGCGCUUCGAGUACGAUCACGGCAAAUAAAUAUAAUAUUCGGGAACGAAGGUGGCUUGCGUAGGAGAGGAAGACGGGAAUACGUUACAUACACUUACAGCUAAUUAUGUAUAAAUUAUUUACAACAUAAAUACGUGGUAGGUGCAGUUACGAUUGCGUACGCGAUCGGUAUACGCAAGUAAAUAAUCGAUUAGGUUCGAUAUGAAUCUGUAACUAAGGUACAAUUUUUUAAAUAAUCCAAACGAAAUUUAAUCUUUAGGGAUAAGUUAAUAUUUUAUACAACAUUGUAUAUACAUGUACCGAAUAUAUACAACUCGGUUUGGAAUUCGAUCCACUUCAUCGGUGUGUACACUUUACCGAAUACUCAGAUUUCAACAUGUAAAUAUUACGAGGCCCUUCUCCAUCCCUGUAACCUAUUUGGUUUAUUUUCAACGAAACAGUCUACGUCUGUAAAUAGUAUUCAACGAUAACAUUUAUCUUCGAUAUCUACAUUAUAACCACACA